UCCUGGACGGUUGUCCCUGAUUUUACACAUCAUGCCCACUCAGCCUCAUUGUCAGCGGUAGCAGUGAAUAACAGAUAUGUGGUCACGGGGAGCAGAGAUGAGACGAUCCAAAUCUAUGACAUGAAAAAGAAGAUAGAACAUGGGGCACUGCUGCAGCACAAUGGCUCAAUAACUUGUUUGGAGUUCUAUGGUACUGCACAUCUACUGAGUGGGGCUGAAGAUGGACUAAUUUGUAUCUGGAACACAAAGAGAUGGGAAUGCCUGAAAUCCAUUAAGGCACAUGAGGGGCACGUGACAUCUCUUUCUAUUCAUCCUUCUGGGAAAUUAGCUUUGUCAGUAGGAACAGAUAAAAAAUUAAGAACUUGGAAUCUGGUAGAAGGACGAUCAGCCUUUAUCAAAAACCUGAAGCAAAAUGCCCACAUAAUUAAAUGGUCCCCUGAUGGAGAGAGGUAUGUGACCGUGAUAACAAAUAAAGUGGAUAUCUACAAACUUGACACAGCUUCAAUCACUGGCACUAUCACAACAGAGAAGAGAAUUUCUUCACUUAGAUUUAUUACGGAUUCUAUCCUUGCCAUAGCUGGAGAUGAUGAAAUGAUAAGGUUCUACAGCUGUGACUCUCAAAAAUGCCUGUGUGAAUUUAAAGCUCAUGAAAACAGAAUAAAAGAUAUCUAUAGUUUUGAAAGAGAAGGACAACAUGUUAUUGUUACCGCAUCCAGUGAUGGUUACAUUAAAAUGUGGAAUCUGGAUCUUAAUAAGAUUAAAGGUGUGCCGUCUUUACUGUGUGAAGUCAAUACCAAAGCUAGGCUGACGUGUCUUGCAGUAUGGCUUGACCGAGCUUCAGAAACGAAAGAAAAUUCUGAUAAAGCUGCAACAUCAUCUCAAGCAAAUGAAGAUGAAAAGUCAUCAAUAGUCAGGAAAAAAAAAGUUUGUUGGACUGAUAAAAGUGAUAAAACAGCAAAAAAAAAAAAGAGAAAAAUUACUCCAGAGAAGCAAAAAUUGGACGCUCCACUGCAAAAGAAGAAAAAGAAACGGAAUAGCUCAGCAUGAAGGCAGCUACUUUCUCUACUGAAUAAAAAGUAAAUACUGCUGUUGCUGUAGUUUUAUAAGGAUGUAAACCUCUGAUGGGACAUAUACCUCUGAAUUGAUCUGUUGUUUAAAAGUAAUGAAUGUUUUUACCCUAAUAAAUUGACUGAUCAUUCUGGGAAGUAGCAAAAGAGAUGGCAACUUUUCCUAAGUGAAUGAAGCAAAAAUAAAUUAGUAAUAUGUAACAUUUAUAUUUUUCUAUUAACAAUAGUAUACGGUUUUUCACUGGCUCUGAAAAAGCCAGCUAAAAUAAUAAAAAUAGCU